AGGAGAUUAUAAAACAUUGUAUGGUAAACUAUACACUUUUAUAUUUCUAUAUAUAAAUAUACAUAAUUCAAAUAUCGUUUUUAGAGAAUGAGCGAGUAUAUGGUAAAUACACGAUGGUUAUCAUGUUGUUGGGUAUUGGAUGGUCCUUAGAUGAUGACCAUGAUUUUGAUACGUUAAUGGUAACGGUGCUUAUCAGUUCAAUGAUACUAUUUCUUCUAUGUCUUUCAACUAAUGUCCAACAAGAUAUGACUGUCUAUGACCAACACGAAGAAACUGCUUCUUUUGUGAGUUAUUAUAAGCCCUAUAGUUUGUUUCAUGAGCACUUAUCGCAUAUCUCUGAGGAAUCAAGCAUUGAUACCACGUUGAAUAAUGAUCUCAAUAGAAAGCUAAUUGGUAUUCCUUAUGAAUUGGCUCAACAAUCACCUUGUCCACCAACACAAUCUGCUGCCAUUGUUCUCAUAAAUCUGCCAACUUAUUUAAGAGAAACAGAUAAUGACUCAUCCAAAAUAAUAAGCAAUUCAUUUUUGUGUUCGAUGUUUACAUUAGGUGUUAUCUGGGGUAUGACCCAAAGCCUUUUGUUUGUUUAUUUGGAUAAAAUGAAUAUUCCCAUGCAUACAAUAGGUGCUGUAGGAAGUGUUAUGAUUAUUACUGACUUGUUGGCACAGUUUAUCACUUCGAUGAUCUAUGAAAGUCAAUUUUGGGUGAUUAUAGUAUAUAGUUUAUUGAUGAUUAGUAUGAUAUGUAAUGCAUUAUGGCUUAAAUCUGGUCAUUUGAUAACACAACUUCUAGUUAUUUUUUUGCAAUUUAUACAAGGUUUAUCAUUUCAGAUAAUUUGGCUGCUUGCUACCCACAAAGCAGAUAACCUAAUUGUAUCAGAAUAUAAGCGGUCGAUUAUAAAGGGUAGUAUGGCUGUCUUGUAUCAUAGCAUAGGGCCUGCCGUGGGUGUCCUGUGGAUGGCUUAUUUGGUUUCUUCCAAUGAUUCUUAUACACUUGUUUAUCAAUAUGCAGCAUGUAUCACACUUAUUAGUGGAUUUUCAAGCUGGAACUGGAUUAAUUAUUGCAAAUUAUAACAUUUUUUUUUAUAUUAAACAAUGAUCAAGAAGAGAAACUCUCUCUUAAUUAAUAUAUAAGAAAAAGAAAAGAUCUGCAAGUUCUUCCUUAUUUUUCUCACUCCGAAAAAAAAACAAAUUAAAAUUUAUAAAAUCAUUGAACCUCUAUAGAAAAUAGAAGGAUUUUACUUCUAGGUUUAAUGCUGACCAUUUUAUAAUAAUU